AUGUCGCCAUCAAAACUCUUUCUUGGUUAUGACCAGCGUAACCAUGCCGAUAAUAGAUUAAUUGAAACUUUGAAUGCCAUGGCUGAAUCUAUAUUGCCUAUUGAAAAUCAACGUGAUUUAAAUAAAGAAAUAGCUUUAGAAGCCUCAAAUAAAAUUCAACAAUAUAAUAAAACUUAUUAUGAUAAGCAUCAUAAAACUCCUCAAAAAUACAACGAAGGAGAUUAUGUGUUAAUACGGGAUACUGUUGUUAAACCCGGUGAGGAUAAAAAACUUAAACCAUUAUAUAAAGGUCCAUACAUGGUAUCUAAAGUUCUUAAUAAAAAUAGAUAUGUUAUUAAAGACAUUCCUGGCUUUAAUAUUACGUCUAGACCGUAUAACUCAAUUCUAUCCCCAGACCGUCUCAAACCCUGGGUUAAGCCAGUAGUUCCUACUUAA